CAAUAUUUUACUCAUUAUUCACUAACCCGGACCAUGGCUUCCAAGUCAGUUGCUUUCUUCGGCGCAAGUACGGGUAUAGGUCUUUCGGCGCUAAAGCACUCACUCGCUGCCGGUUACCAAUGCGUCGCCCUCUGCCGUAACCCGUCCAAGCUUACCUCAGUAUUGACAAGUGAGAAUGCGCCCAACCUUAAAGUCAUACAAGGAAAUGCGCAUGAUUCUGCAACCGUCACUCGCUGUCUCGAGGCUUCGGAUGGUAAACUUGUUGAUGAGAUAGUUUUCACUAUCGGAGGAAAGCCUAUCCCUUCAAAAAUGACUAUUGACGAUCCACACGUCUGUGAGAAGGGAAUCACAACUGUUCUUGAUUCUAUCGCCACACUCAGAGAGCAAGGUGUCAUUGGCAGACCACACAUCAUCGUAUGCAGUAGUGCCGGCAUGUCCAAGUUCGGGCGGGACAUACCUGUCGCCUACGUCCCGUUAUGCUCCCUCUUUCUCAAGGUCCCUGGCGCAGACAAGAAAAUCAUGGAAGAUAAACUCGCCACGAGUGGUGAAGACUUCACCGUCGUGCGGGCGGCUAUGUUCCUGACCGACGGCGAGACAGACAAGCCAAUCCGCGCUGGCAUCGAGGACCCAAAAACCGGUAUCGAAUCUAAAGCUAUCGGAUAUAACAUCUCGAGAGAGGAUGCGGGAAAGUGGAUAGCACGGAAUCUUGUAAUACAGAAGGACCAGAGAUAUCUUAACAAGACCGCGACGAUCGUCUACUAGAGGAAAUGCUUGGAGUCCGGACGCGAUGUAUAUAGUUGUACAGUUGUACAGUAAAUUUUGAGUGUUUAGAUGUUAGCAAAGGAUGGAAAUUUAGAAUACCUGAUUGUAUUGUAUUUAGAGAAACAAACAACUAUAACAAACCACAUAAUCAGUUAGAUAUAAUUAUAUAGUCUUACAAGUUCUGCAUUGCUUGAAAUACC